UCACAACGUGGCUGGGAAACUGCAACUGUAGCAAGGAUGUUCAUUUAUUCAUUAUUUAAACUAGACCUUCAUAUCCCUAGAGCUUCUGUCAGUGUUCGCAAUCAUUGCUACAGAACUUCCUUCAGCUAAUCAGCCAAGAAAAGUCGGGUCUUGAGUAAAGUGCCCUUGGCACCAGAGUCGCGCCCGUACUUCCAGCCCAGAUUUCAGAGGAUAGGCCGUGGCUGUAAACCAGCAUUUCUUUUCACUAAAUUCGGCUUUAUUCCAUGGAAGUAAGGUGGCCAAAAGCUAAGCGUACUGUACCAGAAUUCGUGGCCAGCGUGAAGUAAUAUCGUCCCAUUUCACAUGAAAAUGUUGGUGUUUUAAACUCGACCAUACGAAAAUCAUAGUGAAGAAGAGCAAUCGCAUGUCACGACAAUGAACAACACUGUUAUAUCCUAACCACGAGGUUGAUCAAACACAAGGUCCAGGCUCGAAGGACAGCGAUGGCCGGGGAAAGUUCUUCGGCAAAAGGGGAAACGGAGGAGAGGACGGUGCCUGACGGAGGAUGGGGAUGGAUGGUCGCCCUCGGCUGCUACGUAAUGGUGGUAACGCUGCCCGGCAUGUCCCUUAGUUUUUCCAUCCUUUUUUCGACCUUCCUGCUGGACCUGGGCGUGUCCUCGACAACCACAGCCUGGAUCUUUAACUCUCAUCUAUUACUGUGGAAUUUGGUGGGUCCGCUAACAGGUCCUCUCACGACAGAGUUCGGGUUCCGGAAAGUCAGCAUGAUCUGUACUGGCGCUGGCGCCACGUGCUUGGUCUUGUGCUCUUUUGCUACCUCGGCAGAAUUCCUCCUUGUAGCAUUUGGCUUGGGUGGAUUGUUCGGAGGUCUGGGGUGCAAGCCGUGUUACUUGAUUAUCGCUCACUACUUCAAGCGGCGUCGCGGUCUGGCCACGGCUAUCAUGAUGGCAGGCAUGUGUACGGGGCAGUUUGCAGGACCUCCAUUAAUUCGCCUUUUGCAAGAAACUUACGGCUUCAGGGGCGCCACCCUCAUCGUCGGCGGCAUAAUGCUUCACAGUGUGGCCGGAGCUGCACUUUUCCAGCCCGUUCAGUGGCAUAUGAAGAAAGGAACGACGUCGAAGGAGCUGAGAAAACAAGAGACACCAGCAGACAAACAGGAAGAUUCGUCACUAAUUAACCCUCCACCAACCGUUCCACAAGUACCACUACCGCUCCGGAAUAAAAGGCUUCGACAAGUGAGCGAGUCCUCCGCGUCCUUACACCUAUCCACGGUGGAUAUAUCUGGAUAUCCAACGAUUUGCGAAGAAGACGCAGACAAUUAUGGCUCGGAGACGUCUCAAGAUAAUCCGAAGACCGGUGGUGCUUGGAUCCUAAUCGGCCGCGUCCUUCGCUCGACAAUUACUGACUUGAAAAUCCUAAAAUCUCCACCAGCCCUGAUUAUCGCGUUAGGAGGCCUCCUGUCCCAGAACGGCUACCUCAACUUCACGCUUAUGAUGCCCUUCGCCGUACAGGACCAUGGGUAUACGCUGCAGGAUGCGGCCUGGUGUGUGUCUGUAGCUGGCAUAUGCAACCUAGUGGCUCGACUCGGCACAACGACUCUGUCUGACUGCUCUUGGUUCAACAUGCGGCUGGUCUACGUACUUGGCGCUUGUAUCUUUGGCUCUGCUUCCCUCAUUUUCACCUUCGUGACAGACAUCAAGUGGAUGAUGGCAGUAGCGGGCGUGUGGGGUUUCGGCGUGGGCGUGAACAUCUCUCUCUUCACCCUGGUGAUGGCCCGCAUCGUAGGCGUGGAGAACUUGGCUGCUCUCCUCGGAGCUUCCUCUCUGCUUGUAGCAUUUGGAUUCAUCACGCUGGGACCUCUUAUAGGACUGAUCCGUGACGUAAGCAGAAGUUACGACGUAGCCAUUUGGGUUAUGGUGGCCGAGGUGUUUCUCUUCGUCCUCCUGUGGCUCUGCAUGCCGGCAGCUAUUAGAUACGAACGCAAAGCGAAAGAGGGAAGCGAAGAGCACAACACUGAUAGCCAGAAUGUAUAACUAUACCUUCUGCCUCAUUUCAAGACAUAUAUGCAAGUCUCUGCUAAUCUGGAUAUUUAGUGGUUAAAAGGACUAGUUAUUCAGUUACAGAUCUGUUGUUAAGGAGUAUGUAUAAACCAAAAUGUUUGAAUAAAGUUUAUUAUAAAUAUUA